UGCAACUGUCAAAACCGAUCGCGAUGGUUGUUUGAUUUAUCGUUUUCAAAAGAAAUGCAAAGUUCAAUGGAUAACUAUUUUAUCGAUGCCCAUCGCAGAAGAGGUAUUAAAGUACUUUUUCCGAGCUACCAGUUACCAGUGAGCGUCGACAGUUACGGUUUACGGUCUCAACUAAAAUAUAAUGUGGUAGUGGAGAAAAUGGACUUACAAAAUUUGAUACAAAUACGUUUAAACGAGACCAACGAUCAGUCAAAGAUGUUUAUCAGUACUAUCGACAACAAUAACUAUGAACAAAUUCGCACCGAGCAGUCGCUGCACGUAACAUUCCAGGGUUUCAUCGAUCAUCUAACAAAAAUUCUGGAUUGCUGUAGAAAAGAAGAGCUACAUAUGAGCAUAGUUAAAGACGAAAACAUCCAUCUACUACAGUUCUUCGAGAAAAGUUCUUUCAAAAACCUUACCCAUCUUUUCCUGCCAAUAGAAUUGGCAUCGACGGAAACUAUUUUGUUUCAUAUCAACCUCUCGCUACAAUCGUUCCAGGAUCAAGCAGCUGGAUAUGCUAGUCAGAUUCAAAAGCACCAGUUAGAACUGACCAGCCGAGAUGAUUCAAUCAACCGACUUCAGGCUGAUAUUCGAACCUUAAACGCAAAACUGUUUGAGCAGGAGAAUAUGAUUUUCAGUCGAAAUACGGAGGAGAUCAAUCGGCUACAGCAGACAAUCAAACAUAUAAAUGAAUCGAAAGAGCUGGAAGAAAAACGUUUGAAAGCAAUGAUAACAGCGAUGCAGGAAAAGAUAGAUUUUCAGAAUAAAGAACUAUUGACAAAUACAGACAGAAUUGUGCAAGAAUCCAAACGCUAUGAAUCUGUACGGGAAGAAAACAUUAAACUGAAAUCGCAAAAUAGUCAUGGGCGAGAUGAAAUUGAACGACUCAAAUCCGAAUUGCAGUCUUUUCAGAGCCGCGAUGGUAGACACGAAUCUGCAAUUGUAGAUCUGCGGAAACAAAUAAUUGAGUUACAGAGUAAGCUUAAGAUAGCUGAGAAGCAAAAAUCUGAACUUGAAGCAGAACUGGAAGCGGAACGAAACAUUUGUCAGACGAAAAAGAACGCUCUACAAUUGACUACAGAUGAAAUUUCGAAUGCAAACGUCGCUAUAGCUAAUUUGAACAAGGAAGUGAUGAAGUUAAAGAGCAAAGUCGAACUACGAACUGAGAUUGCGAUGAGACAGGAAAAAUUAAUACAGGAUAAAGAGAAAGAGUUCAAUGACCUUCAAGAAACGGUGCGACAAAUUCAGCAAGAACACAUUAAAAAUCGUGCAGUUAGUGAGGACUAUGCACAAGCAGUUCGAAGAAUUAAGGAAACGUCCGAUUCGGUUGAGGAGAAAUAUCGAAAGAAGAUCAAUGAUCUGAUCAUGAAAGUUUCUCACUGUCAAAGCAUUGAACAAACAUCAAUGAUGAACACGCACUACCCAAACCGUUAUUUGAGGCCUCAGAAUCGGAUAGAGUAACAAACUUAUUUUCUAUUGUAUAGAUAGUUAAUUAAUUGUAUGUAAAAUAAUUAUGUUUCUAGG